CGUCAAUCCUCAGUUCAAGAUGGCAGUAGUAAAUAUCAGCGGAAGUGUCUGGAGUUCAAUACAUUUUGACAACAGUUGCCGUGAUGGCGAUCAGGAAGGGUUUCUCAUUGGUGAAGUCACUUACAGAGAGACAACAAAUAUCAGUGAUUCUCAAAUCAACAGGAAAACAGAAGAAGUGGAUAUAAAUGUCACAUCCCAUUGUCCUUGUAGAGAGCCAUUAAGCUUCUAUGAUUCUUCAGGCCAUGUUGAUCAAGUUAAGAUGUUAGCUCUACUCAGAGCAAACUAUAAGAAUGUCAUUGGUUUCUACCGGUUCCGUCGUAACACGAUACUACAGCCUUCUCUCAGAGAGAUCAACCUCUAUCGGCGUCUCCUUGCCAGUCUCCCUGGUGACCUUCAACCAGCAACCUUCAUCUUGGGAAUCUUCUCUGGCAACAGCACCCCUAAUCUAGCCACUCACUCUUUUCCUUAUCAACUUUUCACUUACAACUACAAUGGUUUUUCAGCGAGAAAGGUGUCUGUGGUAAAUUUGGGAGACACAGCAGAAUCUGAAUAUAAGCUCUCGCCCGUGCAAUCUUCACUUGCUUCCAACAAUGGUGGCUUUCAACAUAUUCUUCAAAACUACAGCACACAAUUAUUAGGUCCAAAUGAUACUCUUUCUGGCGUUCAGACAGUACGGAACCUGACACAUGACAUCCACAACAAACUACAGGAAGUAAAGCAGAAAGUGACUGAUACAGAAGGAAGACUAGGGACUCUGAGUCAAGAGGUCAGCGAGCUAAGACGAAGAGCCCAGAGGCAGAAACAUGACAAGGCAGAGAGACAAAGAGUGGCUGGGCAGGUCCUCAACACCAACAAUAAUGCAGGUCUUCCUAGACUGCCGCCUUCAACAUCAUAUGAGCAACAGUUGCCUAUCACAUUGGAAACAAAACCCACCUCUACCGUUUCUAAUGCACCAUCGUCGGCAUCAAGCGAUUGCCUUGGAUUAGAUCCUAAGAUAUCAGAACAAUCUGCAGAGAAACAUUCUUCUGUAGGAGCCUCAAGACCUGACAACUCCACGAUAGAGGAACCCAUGGAAGCAAAAUCAUCCGAUCCCUUUGCUGGACUUCUCAAAGACAUGAAACAGAGCCUGUCCAAAAGCAGAUCAUCCAGCGUCAACUCCACAGGGAAGGACAGUUCAUCUACGGAAGGACCUGCGCAGAGCAGUGUGAAUGGAGGGGAUAACAGGACUCUGGAAUCCAGAGAAGCCGAUGGGAAGAGUCGGGAGGCGACUGAAAACCCUGACAUGAACAAUGAAAUGAAUAACGACGAAGAUGAUGAUGAGACACAGAUCCAAGAUGGACAGUACUACAAUGCCACCCUCUCACCAACAUUUUAGUGAAGCAGCUUCCGAGUAUAGUUUUUAUGCAUAGAUGACAUAUGGCAGUAUUGGUAUGUUUGAUGGUAUGAAUGGUUUAUAUUCACUUGAUCCAUGAUCAGUUGUUCUACUUCUAUGAUAGUCUGAUACCACAUGGGCUAAACCUGUUUGGUCUACUAAAUGGUCGAACUGCCAUUCGGUCUACCCCACAUUUGGUCUAAUACCCACUUAGUAUCAUUGUCAUUUAGUCUAAUGCCCAGUUUGUCUAAUUUCCAUCUCGUAUACUUCUCAUUUUUGGUUCAUAUACAGGUCAUUUAACCAUAAACACUCAAUAUGGAUAUUAGACAAAUGGGUAUGUCCUAUGGAAAUCAGAUAAAAUGGUAUAUGGUCUAAAUAACAAUUAGACCAGUUGUACAUGAACAAGGAUUGGACCAUGCGGGAUGAGACAAAAUUGGAAGUAGACCAAGUGGAUGUAGACCAAUUGGCAAUAACUGUCUGAACACAUGGUGUGGAGAGAGAUAAGACCAGUGGUUCGAGAUAUUCCAGUUUUGGGAAAGACUGAGAAAUAUUGUGAGCUUUUAGAUUCUUUUGGAUUAUAUCUAUAUGUUACUGGGCCAAUUUUGUGGUUCCUCUUGUAGUGAAUGAAAUUGUCAAGCCUCAUUACAAUGAAAAAUAAGACACUGGGUGAUUAAAUUGAUCUGCCUUCAUUUAGUGCCAUAUUGUGUAGAAUAGUGUAUUAUCAAUAUCUUCCUAGUGAUGAAUUUGGAGAAACUGCAUGAGGUUUCAAGUUGGGUACCGAGGAGCAUUCCAUCAAGCAUCUGAAUCCGGCAAUUGUAGACAAAAUCAUCGCGCAUCAACUUUUUAAAUGGAAUUUAUCUCACAUCUUUAUGUUUAGUUCUAUUUACGUUGUCAACAAAGGUGUUUCUAAGCGCUGCAUACUAUUACCCAGGCAUUAGUAUAGUUACCUUGAUCAGACACUCAAGUAUUCAAGGUAUUCCUUCCUACCAGGUUUCCAUUUACUACACCUUGGUGGAGAGUGGCAAAUGUAGAUAAACGCUUUGCCAAUGGACGCAAGUGCUGUGAUAUGAUUUGAACCCCGGACCUUGUGGUUCAAAGUCCAGAGACUUCUGCACCAAACCACAGCACCUUAACAAAUAAGUGUUGCCAUUUACUUAUUGAUGUAACCCCUUCCUAUCUUGCAUUUAAGAAUAUUUUUUCAGUGAUGGAUCUGAUGAAUCCUUAAAUGCAUAUGAAAAUGGUGGGGUAUAUUGCUCAAAAGCAUUUUUACCCCCAAAAUGUGGUUUGUAAAAAGUGUAGAUGUCUGUUGCCUGGAAAAUAUUAGAUCCACUUGAUUAUCUGUGUUAUAAAUGCUGCAAGGUAAUAAGUCGAUAUUGAACAAUAAACAUGCAAAAGGAAACCAGUACAAAUUAAAAUUCUGAAAUAUGUGUACAUUAUAUACAGUGUGUCCAAGAAAAAAAAAUUAAGGUGAUUAAUUAAUGUCUUUUGUCAGCAUAGGCAAAUUAUUUAUGAAUAUCUGUUAAAAUCAUCAUAAAGGUCAGAAUUUUUUAAUUUUUUAUUAAAUAUGAUAUGAAAUGUGUAAAUAUAGAUAAUCAUAAAGAGUUUUGAAAUUUCAAUUUCAAAAACAAUUUGCGCUAAGAAUUGGUUGACUUUAUCUGAUAAGAUACGAUGACCUUUCAGAAGAAAGAGAUUCUAGUUAACAUUUCUUUUGGCGAUCUAAUUCAUAACAUUCCUUUCACUGGACCUCUAAAAGAGAGUGGAUGCAGAUCUAAACAUAUGUUCCCGCACAGAGUGUUUCUCUUAAAACUCAGUUUUGC